UCCUAAGAGCAAGUAGAGCUUGUAAGUUCUCGAGACCGGUGAUGCGCAUGUCAUAUGGGGAGGCGUUGACCCUAGCACAAGGUCAUUAAUCCCGGCCAUUAUACCACGCCUAUCGCCUAUCCUGAACGCAGAUUUUCUUUUCCUUUCCUACGCCUGAUACUUUGUCCAUUAUCCAAAUCGCAAUGCCGUCUUUAUCAUGGUCGGGACCUUUGCUGACAGGCAAGCGUCUUAGGCGACUUCUGCCACAAACGUAGCAUCAAAUGUCAUCCUCACACCGAGGACCUCGACAGGUGUCAGAACUGUUAUGAUUUCGACGUGCCUUGUACCUAUGAGCGACCACUAAAGCGCGGGCGCGCCACGUCUAAAGGCACUCCGCCAGAUCAACCCAGAAUGUCUGCGGCCGCUACUACCGGGGUUCGAUAUCAACGGCAGCCCCUGCUCCAGCACCAGGACCAAGACUCCUAUCAGCAAUUGAGACCUGGACGACUACGGUCUGUCCGCCGGGUGGCGGACGAAAUACUGGUAGCGGCUGAAGAAGUGCAAAGCGCGCACUCCUGGCUGGAAAAUACCGGGCUCACAAUAGCAUGGAGAGCAUUUGCGACUGCGAGCGCAGGAACGAUUGAGCAUCUCGUCGAUGUGUAUUUGCAAGUCGUGUAUCCAAUAUUCCCUCUCUUCCAUCGACCAACACUACUUCAAAAAGUACGGGAUCAAGAUUACCUACGCGAUCAGGGUUGUUUCGCCUCACUGAUGGCGGCUUGCGCUCUGGCAUCAGCCCGAGAAAGAGAUGGCGCGUUAUAUUGUUCGAUCACAAACGCGUCCUAUAACGCUAAUAUCCCGUCCGAGACUUUCUACAAGGCAGCAAGAGAUAUGCUACCAGAAAGUCUUGUAGAGGCUGAUGGCUUGGACUAUAUGAGGGCGUGCGCGCUGCUAUCGAUCACUAGUAUUCAAUACGGGGAUAUUGAAGCCAUGCAGCUCUAUCUGGGCCACUAUUUCACACUUGUUAGCGUUCAUAGAUUGCAUGACGAAGCAAAUUGGCCAAAGGACACGAAUAACGUCGAGGUUGAAGAGAGGCGGCGCCUGUACUGGUCAACAUAUACCCUGGACAUCUACAGCUCUAUUGUAUGGAACGGCAGCGUGCACGCAUGUGGCGCUAAUGCGCGCGUCCGAUAUCCUACAGAGGUCGAGGACGAGUUUAUCACGCAUGGUGCCACCUUACUCUCACCGCGAUCGUCCACCUCCUGGCUCCGUGGCUGGAAUUUUACCACCGACUUGUAUCUCGCGCUUGAACAUGCUUCGAAUCGGCUGCGUGCGCGUCAAUCCCGCAUCGACGAUCGUAUUGAUGUUGCUGCAGUCUUCGGUAUCCCUGCUUCAUCUUCUGCUGCCGUGCUUGCGACCAUCAACGCACGUCACUCCGCUCUACCGGCGGAAUUCAAGAUGUUCGCACCGCCCACUGGCGACCGUGUUCGCGACAUCUUCGGAUUCCAAGCUGCAAAUAUACAAGCAACAAUGCUAUUACUACGCAUGCUUUUAUUUUGCACUGACGACGACGGCCACUCGCCCUCAAACGUGCAGCUCAAAUGCAACAUCGCAGCCGAACUCCUUGCUAUCUUCCAGACUAUUCCGACUGCCUACCUGUGCGGUAUCAGCACGCCCCUUAUCUACCACCUUGCAGGGAUCGGCAUGAUACUUGCGUCUGUCAUGGAAGGCCUGCUGUCUGAGGCAGGGUAUCAGAAGGUGAAAAGCAUCUUACUGUCGAUUGCAGAUCUGCUUGAAAGUUUCGAAAGUGGGUUGUCCCGCGCGGCAGAUAUCAGUAAAGGUCUCCGCUCGCAGGUGGAGCGGAUAGACGAGUACAUGCGCGUACAACGCCUGCCUGCGGACAGACCUUAUGUGCAACCGCAACCAAAUCAUACCUCAUCGGUCGAAACUGCACGCAUGUCACUUCCAUUGCAGCAACACUCGACUCCAAGCAGUACAACUGGGAUUCAAAUAGCUGGAGGUGGUGAUAAAGAAGGCCAUACGCAAAGUACUGGUGUCAGCGCGGAAGGUCAGUUUAUGAACGACGGGUGGCUUGGUGAGUUCCAGCUCCCGCCCGAGCUGCUGGAAGACUGGCCAUGGACAUUCAAUCUGCAGCCAGAGACCUGGUCGUUACUAGGAACUGCAACAGCCGGAAGAGAUCAUUGGUAAGGACCCUGUGGCUUGGAUUAGUAGUUAAAUACCUAGAUUUCUUAGUAUUUUCCUAAAUCUACUAAAAGUAUAGGUUAGAACAAAAGCCUAAGGUCUAAAUAAAUAAAAACUUAAAAAAAUCAUUUUGGCCC